GAUUUAGCAUAAAACUAUUAUUUUCAUUACGUUCAUAAAAAAUAUGAAAAAGCGACACCAUAAGGAUAAAGAAAAUCAGGAAGAAAUCUAUUGUAUAUGUAGAUCUAGUGACUCUAGUCGUUUUAUGAUCUGUUGUGAUAAGUGCAAUGAAUGGUACCAUGGAGACUGUAUAAAUAUAACCCAGAGUGAGGCUAACGAGAUUGAACAGUUUUAUUGCAGGGCUUGUUUAGAAAGCCACCCUACUCUUACUAUUAUAUAUAGCAAGAAGAAAAUUGAAAAGAAAAAGGAUAAUGAAAAAGAAAAGAAUAUUAUUGAGAAAUAUAGAAAUCCAAAAACCUUACAUAAAUGUGGUCAAUGCAGAGCAUGUCUUUGUUCUACUGAUUGUGGGAAAUGUGAUGUCUGCAAAGAUAUGCUAAAAAAUGGAGGCCCUAACAAGUUGCGACGCUGUCGGGAAAGACGAUGCACAAAUAUCAAACGAACAUCUAAAGAAGAUUUACAUUCCAUUAAAAGAAAAUACAAAACGUUCGAUUUGCAAAAGUUUUCUCACAACAAUCUUUUAAAAUCAAUCUCAAAUUCCUCCACCAACUUUCAGACCAUCUCUCUUCGAGACAAUAAAAUCAACGUAACGUCCACGUGUUCCGAAGUUUUAGAAGAGGAAAUAAUAAUCGACCCCGUUCUAGAGAAUGCCUCCAUCAUUCACAACAAUAAUAAUAAUCAAACCGCUAAUCUGAACAAUUCUAGCCUCCGUGCAUCAAAUUUAAUCGAGUCUGAAAAUGACAAAAAUGACAGUCACGCCUUUAAAACUGUCAGUUCCGAAACAUUCUACGAAAGGGACGAACACAAUUCCAACAAUUUGCCUAUCCGAUCCCCUUCAGCCGAUAUCAAAAAUUCAUCUCGAUAUUCGAACUCAUCGUCUCCAUUAUCCGAUCGAAAGGUUAUUGUCAAAAGCCAGUCAAGUCCUGAAGAUGAUACAUCUCAAGAUCCAGAUUUUGAAAGAGAAAUUCCCACGAAAAGUCUAAAACAGGAGGUCAAGAAAAAAACGAAAUCCAAUUUAUUUUCGAAGUCACAUCACCACGGCAAUAAUAAUUCUCACGAGUCUCAUUCCUAUAGCGAGAACCCCUUAGUCAAUCAAAAUAAUAGCAAUCAAAACAUCAACAACAAACAACAAAAGAAGUUUACUAAACGCAAAAACUUCAAAGAAAAUAGAACAACUGCUAAUAUUAAUAAUCGAUCAAUGAUCGCCGACGAUUCUAAAGAAACUCUUGAUUUAAAAAACGACCAAAUCCUGCCACCUAAUAAUUAUCCUAGCAUGCAAUGCCACGGCCCCAAGUGCACAAAGUCGAAUAGACCCGGUUCUAAGUACUGUUCCGAUGAUUGUGGUCUGAAUUUAGCCACCAAACGAAUAUUCGAAUUUUUACCCAUGCGUAUUCAACAGUGGCAAAAUAAUCCAUCCAUAACCGACAUUAAAAAUAAAGCUCAAUGGGAAAAAGUGAGGGCUAAACAAAUUCAAUCACAAAAGAAAUUGGAGCAGCUGAACGAACAAAAGGAUAAGCUAGAAGCCAUAAUAUGUUCUAGCAAAGCCUUAACUAUAGAUUCCGAACAAAAUAACCAAGAUUCGGAAUUGGAAGAGUUAGAUGCGAGUAUUUUUUGUGUUACCUGCGGUCAUCCUAUCAACCCUAAGACGGCCCCGAGGCAUAUGGAAAAAUGUUUUUCGAAGAUUGAAAGCCAAACCUCGUAUGGGUCUAUAUAUCAAACGAACGUUGGUAUGGAUCUCUUCUGCGAUGUUUAUAAUUCAGAAUCACAAACCUAUUGCAAAAGAUUGAAAGUUUUAUGUCCAGAGCACACCAAAGAGCCUAAGGUAGAUGAGUACGAAGUCUGUGGAUGUCCUAUAAUGAAAGACGUUUUCGAGGAAACGGGACAGUUUUGUAGAGCAUCCAAGAAAAAAUGCAUGAAACAUUUCAAUUGGGAAAAGUUGAGGAGAGCCGAAAUCGACAUGGAGAAAGUCAGACAGCUUCUAAUACUAGACGAUUUGUUCGAGGAAGAAAGACAAAUUCGCAUUCAACUUUCGAGUAGAGCCGGUGUCUUGGGCCUCAUACUGCAUCAAACAAUUUCGCACAACCCAGGUCUCCCCUUUCCUUCACAGCAACAACAGAAGAAGCUGCAGCCGCAAUCCUCUGAUUCCAUGAUGUUGGAAUCGGAAACAUCUAACAGCUGUUAUAAUGAAAAUAGCAAAAUUAGUCCUAAUAAGGUUAGUCCCAACCCCAAGAAGGCAUACUCGUUUAACGACGAAUUCAAAAAAUCGCUUAUGCAAAGGGAUAAACAAACAAGUGUAACCGGAUAAAACAAAAUUGCUCAUAAAUAUUUACAUUUAUUUAAAAUCAAUUCCAUAAAUUAUAUAGUUUAUUUUUGAUAUAUUAUAUCUCAAGAAAAAAUAUUGAGUUAGAUUAAUAACUAUUUUAUCCACUAUUAUAUGAUUUGCAAAGAUUUUAAGACAAAAUGAUCUUUCAUUUUUUUAAAAAUUAUUUAUCUGAUAACACAAUUGUUAUUUUUUUCUCUCGAUACUAAUAGAUUAUUUAAAAUACAGUUUAUGAUAAAUUU